UGCUCCUCUAAUAUUCACCAAUUCAUUUAUUUAGUUUCUCUUGCGAACCAAAAGGACACACAUGGUGUUUUUUUGAACAAAUGUCACAAAGAAAGUGCUUCUGAUUUAAAUUCUAUCGACGAAAAUCGCUAAUUUUUAUUCAUUUUUUUGGAAAUUUAAACAUUUAGAUUUGUAUUUUCGGUCCAAACAAAUCGUAAUAAUGUGUAGUUCAAAUUUAAAGUCAUCAUUCAGCAUUGAUGAAAUAUUAUGCCAAAGUGCAACUAGAUCAAGUGUAUCUGUGCCGGCGGCCAGCGCAUUCACAGAUCUUCCGAUGGCAUUUAACAAUAGUUUAAACGGCCGAACACAGUUUCUUCCCAAUUUGUUUGACUUAAUUCCACCAAGAUGCUAUUUCCCACAUGCAUCACCACAGCCAACACCUCCAACAUACAUCGAUCCAUACGCGAAUGUUUUUCAAAAAGCUACGCCAAGCGGCUAUAUGCCAUAUUAUUCGCAUCCGUUCGGUGGCUGUACAUUCAAACGGAAGGGCGGUCAAGUUCGUUUCACGUCGCAACAAACGCAACAUUUGGAACAACAAUUCAACAGUAACAAAUAUCUUUCGCCCGAUGAUCGAAAACAACUUGCCGUUCAGCUAAAGUUAAGCGAUCGACAAGUAAAAACAUGGUUCCAGAACAGACGUGCGAAAUGGCGACGUGGCAUCACAGUGAUAAAAUCAUCAUCGAAGAAUGAAUCCAGCCAUCCAAAUUCACCUACAACAAGUGGAAAUUAUACAUCAUCUGCUGAUAAACUGCAGACACAUUGCCAAUUUAACCACUUUGUCGAUAGUACGAUGAAACCUUGUUUCCCGCCAACCGAUUGAGCAAAUCGAAUAAUCUCCAUUUCGAAAGAAAAAUGUUACAAUGUCAAAAUAUUUAUAUCCAAUAAAAUCACUUGC